CUAAAUUAUGCAUAAAGCUGAUACCAUCAGGGGGUCUCAUAAAAGUCACAUAGAUCCUGACUGAUGGAAGUGAAAGGAUGAAGCAACAAGAAAAGAGAUGGAUGAGGAUUGUCUGCAUAGCCCCUACAUGGUGUGAUCUGUAAACAUACUCACUCCCGUCAGCAGCCUGUCCUCUAGAGGCUGCAGAUGAAAACGCCAGACCAGACGCAAACACAGUUGGGAUAAGCGGUGCACAAGGAAGAGGACACUGGACUAUUACAGACUACCACAUGAGCGCUAUGAGAAAAUAAGGUUUGAGCAGAGUCCUGAAGAUGUGCUCCAUCAUGGCAGGACUGUUGGCCCUUCUAGUCUUGAUCUGCACAACAGAUGCAAAUCCCUCCCAAUUCUGUCCGCCUUCUUGCCUCUGCUAUGACUCCUCUAACCUAGUGGAGUGUAGGGGUCUGGAGCUCCUCGUGGUUCCUCAUCAUCUUCCUCACAGUACAUGGAUGCUGGAUCUUCGCCACAACAACCUUAGCCGCCUAGAACCUACCUCAUUCCAAGCCUUAUGGUCCCUUCGAAUCCUUCUUCUAUCUGAUAACCAGAUUGAGGUGGUGUUAGCAAGAUCCCUCCGAUCUCUUGGCUUCCUUGAGCGGUUGGACCUUUCUAAUAACUUCCUUAGCAACCUUCCUCAUGACUUCUCCAGGGGCUUGGGUUCCUUGAGAGAACUAAGAGUUCCUGCAAAUAGAUUGACUGCCUUGACUUAUGAAAGUCUGAGACACAUGGAAAGUCUGGAGAAAUUGGACCUUAGCAGAAAUUAUCUGAAUUAUAUAGAACAAGGGGCCUUUAGAGGACUUUCAAGGCUACGACACCUUCACCUCCAGUCCAAUCUUCUAGAUUCUGUAAGGGGUGGAUAUUUCUUCAUGUUGCAGAACCUAGAACUCCUCGACCUUUCAGACAACAAUAUCAGUAGUAUAGCUGUAGAGUCGUUCACCUCCCUGCACUCUCUUCGCCUCUUAUCCCUCUCAGACAACCAGUUAAGCCAUCUCAAGUUCAAGACGUUCCUCAAUCUCCAAACACCCAGUACUCACAUCCAAGUAUCUGGUAACCCAUGGAUAUGUGACUGUGAUUUGCAGAGAGUGUUUGGAAAGAUAACCAGUGUGAGACAUCUUCACAUAGAUGACUAUGACAACCUUACUUGUGCAGGGCCACCUCAGCUCUCUGGUGCCGCCCUGGUGUCGGUGGACAACCAGCUAUGCGUAGCAGAGACCGCUACAGUACUGGUGAUCACAAUAACUGUUUUAGUUACAGUCAUUGCUGCAAUUGUAAUGGCUGAGAGGAAUCGCAAGAAGAAUCAAGAGAAAAAUUGGAAUGAGCCAGAUGGUCCCUUUGAAACACAGGAUAAGUGAGUUGUUUCACCUUAAAGGAGAACUUACACGGUUCUGGAAUCCGUGCCACCAUUCUGACCUUACUGCGGCUGGCCAAGAUUUUUUAAAAGAGAAAAUUGCAAAGUUCUGUUGAAGGGAAUGCAUCAGGAGCUGAGCAGAUUGAUGUACAGAUGUGUGGGGGAAAAUUCAGUAGAAAAAUUAAUAUAUGUAAAUUGCUGUCCAUUCUGAGCUUAGGGAUGUGCAGUCCUACUCAGCUACAGUGGGGCAGCUACAGCUA